AAUGGCUCCAAUCUCUUUUAGCAAAUGCAAUAAUGCAGCCUAUAAAAAUGUAAGCCAAGAGGAGGUUGCACAAUAUCUCCAGUCUUUAAAAGAAAAAGAUGUCAUGCAGUUGCACCAACAAUUGGAAAAGUACAUCAAAUCUGAGUUUCACAAGUCUGAACAAUGUGUCUGUGAAUCAAAUGACAUUGGGAAUUUAUUUGCAGACUGUAUCAAAGAUUCUGUGCUUGUGGGCAAAUGGACUGGUCUUCAUAUAGCUGUAUCUGAUAAUAAUUCUCGGUACAAGAAACAAGCAAUAGAUUCAUUUGUGACAUCUUUUCCUGAGUUAUUGUUCACCCCAAACAAUAAAGGACAAACACCUUUGAUGUUGGCAGCCAACAUGAAUACAAACAUAAUCAUUUACCUCUUAGACAAUUAUAUCAAAACAUCAGAUGAUAAGAGCAGGGCUAAGCUACCUAAUAGCACUGGAGAUUCUGUAUUGACAUUCUCAUUCAAUCUGAAAGAGCCGAGAAAAAUAGCUGAUGCUGAAGAUGCUUCAAUUUACAUAAUCAGAAACUUAUAUGAUGACAAAAUUGACAUCAUGACAUUCAAAAAGGCAGUUUUAUCCAAGAAUUUUCCAAACGAAGUUAUUGUAAAUAUUUCACUCUAUCUUACCGAAAAUAUUACUCUCAAACAGUUGAGUGAUAUUCUAGGGAAGCUCAUUUUAAAGACAGACAUGGACGUUUCUCAGUUCAGCAAGAUUUUGAGCAAAGUAGAGAGUCUUUCUCCUUAUAGUUUUAGUUGUUGCGAGGCAAUGUACACUAAAGCUUUUAACAUUCUUAAAGAUCUUUCAAAAUCUGUGAAAAAAGGAGAUGAUCAGACAGCUACUCUUUUUACAACGUUUUAUACAAACUUUUUGAAAUACUCACCGAGCUGUGUCUCUCCGGAUGAUCAGAAAAACAUUGCUCAUUUUGCUUGUCAGGAGGACAAUAUCUUCUUGUUGGAAGUAUUAGCAAAAAAGUUCCGAGAGGACUUCUUGAAAAUGAUGAAGCAGUAUGAUUCAGACAACAAGCGGCCUGCUUACUAUUGCCGUAAACCUAUUCAAAUUAUGAAUAAACUGAAUUGGUUGAAAGAGGACCCAGAAAUAUGGGCUGUACUCUGCAAGGAUAACAGAUAUAACAUUGUCCAUCAAAUUUUUAAAAGAUCAGUCAAUGCUAAAGAUGUUGAUCAGUUGUUCGAAUUGGACAGCAACUUACUGACAAUGCUUCUACAAAAUUGCGACAACAACAGUGACAGUGCCCUUCACAUUAUGCUGAGAAUGCGAUGUAAAUCAUCACUGUUACAGCUAAUGGUGGGAAAAUUCACUGAGCUGAACAUUUCUGUUGAUGUGAGAAACAACAAGGGAAUGACACCUUUAUUUGUGUUGUGCAGCUUUUUAAAUGUAUACGAUGACUUAGAUAUACCUAUGAAGUUGGUGGGAAUUCUCUUGGAAGCUGGUGCAAACAAUAAAAUAAUAAUUGGUUCUGAGGUGCUUUCUCAACUCUCAGCUCAAGGAAGGCUGAUAACAGCAGAAUGGCUAACACGAAUGUCUAUACAAUCUGCUGAAGAUCCAGAGUCCCUAAUAGAAUACCUGGAAACAUUUCUACCCAAGAUAACACGAUCUCCUCAUUUUGAAGAUGAAAUAUUUGAGCCAGAUGAUGAACUAUUCGAGAAAUUAAGAUCUCAUGUUGUGAUCAGAUACUCACACCAGCCCUUCAAAAUAAUAAACCUGAUCGGACCUUACAACUGCACUCAGUACCCCGGUCAGAGCAUCGUCUGUGUGUACGGAAAUACAGACACCUUGUUCUACUCUUGUGCGGGCAUUCAACCAAGUAACUCUGUAACUUACGUUCACAAAACAGUAAGUGAUUACCAGACCAGUUUCAGUGUGAUAGCUAGUAACGAGGAGGAAGUGCUCUCUUACAUACAGCUACAGAAGGAUAAACUGCAGACCUUGUCGAAGAAGCAGAUAAACCUACUCACACUACUUAAAACUAAAAUGGGCCUUUCUUACCUGCACCUGCCAACUGAUUUGCUAUCUCCUGAUUCACCCCAACAGGAUAUUUCGUUCCUGCUUGCUGAUGACUCUCUCGCUCACGAGCUGGGGUAUGAUUUAGGUGCACUUAAUCAAGAUCUGGAUAUCUUGAGUAAACUUGGUUUGAUAAGGCUUGUGAGAGAUGAGGAGGGGGUCCAUAACUAUGUGAUAAACAUACCAUUUGCUCUGUCACAAUGUCAUGAUGGGCAAGUCCGGACUCUGCUGUAUCGGUGUGGAAUACCAACAAAUAUUCUAGUUGGGGACGCAACGAAGGAAACCAAGUCUGAAGAUUGUUUACUCAACAUAACGACAACUGGAGCAGGAGGCUCGUGUGGAUAUCUGUUAAAACCCUUAGCAGACACCCUAACAUACCUCCUCUCAGGGUCACUUGCUAAGAAGAAGGAUUCCGACUGUUAUCAUAUCCGACUCACUGGGAAGAUAUUUAUUGAACUGAGUGUUAGCAAUAAGGAUAUAGUGGUGUCUACCAAUUCUCCAUCCCUCCGACCCAUGGUUCGCUACGCAAUACAAAUAGCAACUCAUCAUCUUAACCACGGGAACUUAGGUGCUGUAAAGAACGAGAAUAACUUAGAGCUGAAGCUGCCUGGUAAUGGAGAAGGAGGUGACGUCAUCAAAACCACUGGUGACGUCACAGCUACUGGUGACGUCAUCAAAACCUCCACUCCUCUUCUGCCCGGGACUGAGGAGGAGCGUGAUGAGGUGCAGACUGAAAAGAAACUCAACUCCUACCUGGUAAAGGUGGUGGGGGUAUGGCACCUCAAGAAACUGUUUCAAAUGAUGAAAGAAAAUGGAAGUAUAAAGAUACCUGUUGAUGAAGCUAGGGCUCCUCUUAAGUCUGAUAUUGAGACUGUGAAGUUUAUGAGGUUGUUCAGUGAACUGGUAUCUGAGCACGGUAAUACGAACUUGAUCAACUUUUACAACACUCUCAAAACGGAUCCAAGGAAUGAUCCGUUCUGUAAAGCUCUCCUCGCUGUAUUAGAAUUGGAGGAGGAUCACAUGAAGACAAGGUUGGACAGUUGCCAGGAGAAUAGCUGGUGGGUUGUAACGGCUAUCAUUGCAGCCGUUAUCCUUAUUGUUACUGUUGUAACAUCAGUGCUGUACGAUGUUGAUGGUGGGUUUGGAGGUAUUGCCGGAGUACCACUAGUGUUCAUAGCUUCCUACUUUCUCAAAAGGAUUCUUGUAAGGGACGAGCAGACUGGAAAAUUCAAACCCUGGAAAGAUCAAGAAAUUCUUGAACAGUGCAAAGGCUGCAUGGCUUGAUACACAAGAACUGUAGAUAACAUAAGUUUUUGAUAUUAUUCUCAAAUGGUCAUAUGUUUGUCGAUCUUUAUUUACCUUAGUAACAUCUUUAGCCAUUACCCGAUUGUUAAUAGUAUGAAAUACAAUCAAUGUUACAGAAUGAUACGUGUUUUUAACCAUAAAAACGAUUUUCUUUUAUUAAUCUCAUGACUGUAUUCAAAUCCGGUGUUGUUUAUUAUUUCUCGGAUUUAUUUUUGUAAUUAUGAUUAUAAUUAUAGUUGAACUUUUGAGUCCUAUCUUUUUAAUAUCCUUUAGCUAAUCCUUUAGGCUAAUUUUGCUUUCUUUUGUGAAUAAAAUAUUUUGUGUUAAAGUUUAUCAAGUUUUUAUUCAUCCAAUUUAUAUUAUAAAUUUAAUCGUCUGUCGUCGGUUCACUAGUCAAUUGUCAUGUUGACGAAUUUAAUCUUUUCUUAUACUGAGGAGAAUGUUAAAUUGUUUAUUCAGCAGGCUGAGUGGGGCUUUGUUUCAGUUCACUGUUCAGUACUCGAUCGUCUGAGAGUAACCGAGAACAAGCACACUUGUCGGUAUUUUGUACUUGUUAAUGUUCAGUUUUACUUCUUAGAUACGUGUCUUUACUUAGUACUUUAGUAUAUUAUACCCUAGUCCGUUUGAGGCAAUUUAAACAUGACAGUUUGUACAACUAGCCGCUAAUAAACCCCUAUUU